UCUGUAGUGUCUGCUAUUUUUAGGAAGCGAAACUGAAGACAAUCCAAAGGUACUUUCGUUUUCCUAUAAAGCAGCUGAUUUUCCCACUGGUCCAUGUGGGGAGCGGGGUCUCUGAUAGGCUGGAGCGUGUGUGAUUGGAAAUGGGAGGAGGGUUUUAUUACUUCGAAGAAAACCUGCCCGCCGCAUUUAGGCGUAUGUAAGGGGCAAUCGGAGCUUUCAAUCUGAGGAAUUUGGGUCCGUCCCAGCCUGCGUGGGGGUCUUCGACUUCUGCUCCUUUUAGAAAAGCAAAUAACCUGCACAGAAGAAAAAGCAACUAUGGGCAAUAUAUUUCUAAAAGAUGAUGUAAGGAGAGAAUUUGAUGAUUUAAAGAGUCAUUUGAAUCAAGGCAAUAUCCCUGAAGCGGCAGCUGAAUACAGAGGAUAUUUGAAUAAAAUGCAAAAUCUGCCACUUAAUAUUGCAGUUGUUGGAAAGGCGGGUGCUGGUAAAUCCUCCUUCAUUAAUGCCUCCCGGGGCAUAAAUGAUGAUGAUGAGGAAGCAGCCGAGGUUGGUACAGUAGAGGAAAAAACGGUGCCAAAGGCACAUCCCCACCCUUCUCUUCCCAAUACAACGAUAUGGGAGCUACCGGAGAUCAGAACAUGCAAUUCUAACGCAGCUGAUUAUCUCAAGAAGGUCCAGUUUGAAAGAUAUGAUGUCUUUGUUUUGAUUGUCACUGACCGCUUUACUGAAAACGAUGCUUUCCUGGCCAAGGAAAUACAAAGAAGGAGAAAGAAGUUUUACUUUGUGCGUAGCAAAAUCGAUAUCAGUAUGGAAGGUGAAAGGAGGAAAAGGAAUUUCAACAUGGAGCAAACCCUGGAGACCAUCAGGAAUUAUUGUGAAGAUACCUUGAAGGAGGCAGCUGAGCUCUCCACGAGAGUAUUUCUGGUAUCCAACACGCAUGCACACAUGUACGAAUUCCCUCUCCUGCGAGAGACAAUGGCCACCGAACUUCCUGAUUACAAGAAGCACCUUUUAACCCUGGCUGUGCAUGUUUUCUCAGAAAAUAAUUUGAUGCAGAAAAAGAUUUGCAUGAAUUCCUAUAUAAAGAAGUUAGCGAUAGUAUCUUGCCUUGGUGGAGCACUGCCUGUUGUGGGUCUCUCUAUAAUUUGUGAUAUUGGAAUUCUGAUAGAUGCACUGAUAUGUUUCAGGCGGGUGUUUGCCUUAGACCAGGGGUCCCUCCAUUUUCUGUCACUUCAGACAGGAAAAGGGUUUGAACAGCUGAGAUCAGGGAUCAAGAAAAGGCCAUUAGUCAAAAGAGUCAAUGCACAGCUAGUAUUUUUUUUCCUGAUGAAGUCUGCUUUCCUGGUUAUGCCAUCGUUUGUGAAAUAUCUGGGGACAUAUCCUCAUGUAACUGUGUCAGUUGUGGAAUUGCCUCUUUCUUUUAUACCUGUUAUCAGGUCUGUGUUUGGUGGAAUGAGUUCAUUUGCCGUCAUGUAUUAUUUUCUGAACAAAUUUCUCAACAAUGCGGUGGAGGAUGCCCAGAAUAUUCGAGAAAAGCUUCUUAAGUGAUCAAAGUCCCUGCGAACAAUCCAAGGAGACAUCCAGCCCCCUUUGAAAGAGAGCAUUUCAUCCAAAUUAGGAGGAAAAUAUAUUAAUAUGCUUCAGUGCUUUAUUACAACUUUCUAUUUGCUUGCUGGUUAUUCUCCGAUUGAAGUAUGUGCUUGAUCAGCCAAGGGGCAAAUAAGUCUCUUUGGUUGCAAAUGUGUCCAUGAGAAAUUAUAAACUAAGUAUUUAUC